ACCCCGCGCAUCCCUGAUCUACACCGUAAAGUAAAGCCUCACUUCACUACUAUCACUACUAUCAAAUAUGGUGCGACCUCCGAAGCGGACAAAAAUGACGGUUCGAUUCGAUCGUCUAUUCAUACUUUCAAUCUUCUCAAAUUUGCUAACACUGUUCCCCCUGAAUCGGAGUGGAGAUGAGAUGUGUAUUUUGAACAAUGCGAUUGGUAUUUUUUUGUAAUUCUAUUCUGUCAGCAUCACGCAGCUUCUCUUUCUUUCUCUAAUGCUCCAGGCCUCAGCUUCUGUGGAAACGCAGCCUAACGAAGCUUCUGAUAUUUUAUGCAAAAAAUUAAACUCAUUAGUGAUUGAAAUACAGCUUGUGGAAUGAUAAUUGUUAUAAAUAAAAUACAAAUAAUGAUAAGACUAAAUCGAAAAAUAACUUUAGUUACAUUUUCUGAACGUUAAAUAAAAUGUUAUUUGUUACUGUUUCUGAACGACACAUCAGACAUUUUCAUUUCGUAGGUAAAUAAAUGAGAUUCAUCAAUAUUGCAUUAUUCCUUCGUAACAACUGUUCACUGAACAUCCAAAGUUAAAAAAUAGUAUAACAUACACUUUCCAAGUAAUUAGUUCGUGAAUUGUGUGAAUAACGGCGUUUAGAAGUGUUGAAUUUUGAGAGUGAAAUUAGACAAGUUAUGGAUCAAGACAAGACAGAGAGCAGUUCGAAUACUUCGAAUCCCGGAAAGAGGACACGACCUUUGCUACUGCAACCAAGUCCAAAGAUUGCUAGAAUAUCAGCGUACGCAAGUUCAACCUCUAGUGGGGUGUUAAAGAACUCUAAAAAGUUUGGCCCUCAUUCUCCUAAGAGGGCUAAAGUAUCUUAUAACAAAAGUGAUGUGCCUGCUCCAGGUACUCCAGUACCUGACAAAUAUGUUCGUAAGGCUGGGCCUUACCUGCUGGGGCCUAAAGUUGGCCCCAGUCCUGUUAAAAGCAUAGUGCAGUGUUUAGCAAGGAAAGAGAGAACAGAUGAGUUUUACCAGGUGAAGAUCUUAACCUUACGGAAUGAAGGUCAGCCUGAAACACAAGAUGACAGGCAAGGCAAGAUGCUGUUGCAUACAGAGUAUUCCUUACUGUCGUUACUGAAGGACCAGGACGGUGUCAUCCAUCAUCACGGGUUGUUCAAGGACCAUGCGCUAGAAGAAGUACCAAAUCCUAAUGGCAACGGGUACAUCUACACUGGUCGCGUCCGCCAACGAUUGUUCCUCGUGUUGGACUGCGUCAGUCAACACCAAUUCAGUGAGAAAGGCUCCGAGCUAGUCAACCUACAGCAAUACGUCACUAAAGUCAAGAAAGUUCCUGAAAAAGAAGCGAUAUUAAUAUUCUAUGAUAUUGUGAGAGUUGUCGCUAAUUUGCAUAAGAGGAACAUAGUGCAUCGAGACUUAAAGUUGGGUAAUAUAGUGCUGAACCAACGGACGGGACGUAUUACUAUCACUAACUUUUGUUUGGGUACCCACCUGGGCAGUGACCGGGAUCUCUUGAAGGAUCAGCGAGGAUCCCCAGCCUAUAUAUCACCCGACGUCCUCCUAUGUAAGCCGUACUUAGGCAAGCCUUCAGACAUGUGGGCGUUAGGAGUCGUUCUAUAUACGAUGCUGUACGGUCAGUUCCCAUUCUGCGAUACCAGUCUUGCUCAGCUCUUUAGCCGGAUACAGGCUGCCAAUUAUAAUAUACCACCGGAUGGAAACACGGUGCAAGUUUCCGAUAACACAAUUUUCCUAAUACAACGGUUGCUGGUUAAAGAUCCGAAGCACAGAUUGGUAGCGGAUGAGGUAUUAGACCAACUUUCAAGUAUAAUAGCGAGUUACGUGAUAGUCCCGAACCCACCAGAAGAUUUGCAAGUUGUUCCAGACGUACCACUAGAAGAGGAGAAACAAGUAAAGUCUCCUACGACCGCGCAAUCUUCUACUGAAGUCGAUAGGAAGCCUUUCUUGACUAUACCUGAGAGUAAUGGGGAAAGAACGCCUAAUGCUACGGAGGAACUGGGAGUAUUCUGCGUACCGUUACCGGACUUCAUAGCAGUAAACUUCUCAAAUUCCACGCGAGUGAACCAAAACAGCCUCAUACUUCAACCGACAAGCGCUCCAGUCGACCCAUCCGCUCUCGCAGCACUGAACCAACCACGAAAUAUUACCGUCCAGCGAAUCGGUAGGGACGCCAGACCUCUUCUACCAGCAGAAAUAGCCAGGUACCAACAUAUGUUUGCUUCCAACCCUGCACAAAGGCCAGAACCACCCCGUAGACCAGAUGUACCAAACUUUGUACCAGAUUCUUCAAGGCAGGAACGACCAACUUCCAGACUUCAGUCCCUUGCUCAACGCAUUCCGAGGCUCAUUCCUCCUAUUGCAACCACCUCAGGACAGACCUCAGCUGAUUUCAGGGUCAUACAAUGGCCAGAACCUCGUCCCAGAGGAUGGGACAAUGACUACAUACUCCGUUUACCUGUUCUAGAUCUUUCUAGAGUAAAUGGCAAUAGAAUAAUGAAUCCUGCACCUGUUCAUACGAUCAAUCCUGAGGCUGUGGUCAAUAAUCCUAGGCCUAACCCGAUGGAUCCAUCUGAUGCUGAUUAAUUGUUGCCAGGUUCAAAAAAAACAAUAGUUAUGUAUGAGGUAACUUUAAAGUAGAUGCUGACUUUUAAUUUAAAUUUAUUUGUGCCCUAAUAUUGGAAUGUUAUUCAACUUGGUAAUGAAAUUGGACCAUGAAAUGUUUUAAUUAUUCUUCUCCAUAUGUAUCGAGACUAUUAAAACUGCGAGACAAACUGACAGAUUGCCUAUUCCCUUCUGACUGUAAUGGAGUAGCAUUUCAGUGUUAGGGCAUCCAGAUUUAGGUUCUGUAUACUAAACUGGAGACAAAAUGUUUUAAAACCUCUUUUAAUAAACGUGUGUUCUUGGAAUUGCAAUAAAAAGUAUUUUAUCUGAAGCUAUGAUAGUUGUUAGGAAGCGAAAGAAAGAUUAAUUGUUACUACAAAUGAUAGUGAAUAUGUAAUAUUGGUAGAUUUUUUAAUUAAUACUUGUACAUAUAGUUAUGAGAUAUGUGUGAGAGUAGGAGCGGUAAAUAUAAGAGUAGAAGAAUGGAGGAGUCAGGGAACAAAGAAGGAAUAAGAGUUAAGAAAUGAAAGGAGAAGUAGUACAUUGAAGGAUUGGUAUCCAAGAGAGCAUUGAUAGUCGUAAUUAAAAGGCAUUGGGAUGCACGUCAAACCAUCAGUACUAAUUUUGAUCUCUUUCUGGUUGUGUCGGGUUGCCAUCCCAUUGCACAUGAGAUUGAGGGAACAAAGAGUGCAUUUGUGUUUCCACACUCUUGUACACUACCUCUAUAAUCUGUUGUAGUUGGGAACAUCUCAUUGCUAUCUCAAACUGACAGAUUCAUGCAAUAUAUUUUAGAUUUUAUAACAGAACAAUAAGGUUGAAAUUCUAGAUAGAUAGAUCUUAGAUAUUCUGUUCAAAAUUGAUAAGGAGAUUUAGGGAACAGAGAGUAAAGUUCCCUAAGAUCGGAAAAGGAGGAUCCUUCGACCAGGCGAGGUGGU